ACGUCAUCCUCACCAGCGGCGAACGGCGCCUUCAACCGUCGCCCCGGGGUCGCCGUCGCGAUCCAUCCAUCGGAAAUCAUCGGACUCGUCGAUUUUGGACAUUAGGAAUUUUUCCGGAAGUGAUUCGAGUUGUGUAUCGAGUUGUGUGACAUCGGAGUUCAAUGAAUCGUUGGACUGCUACGCGAGAUUAAAGACUUUUUGCUGUGAAACUUAUCGAAUCGAAUGGAAAAAACGAGGGAAAACAGCAGAGGAAGAAUUUUGAUGUGCAUAUGAGCAUGAUUGAUUUUAAUAAUAAUAAUGUUUAAACAACAUUGUUUAAUUGAGACGUAAUGAUCCUUUGAGCUCGAAAUUCUAAGUCAUAAAUAAUCAAUUGCAAAGAGAUUCCAGAUUUAUAUCUCGAUGAUUACGAAUAAAUUAAAAAUGAAACGGAGAUACCAGUUCGAUAAAAGUGUAGGACGUUAUUAGUGAUCAUAAACAUGGAAUAUGAAUUGAUUAGAGGAUUGGAACCAAGAAUCUUGAUGAUGCCGACGGACAAUCAGGAUAAUGUAAAGUCGAUUAUUGAUGUGUCGAUCAUCAAGUCUCGACGGCUUUAUUUUUGUGAUGAGGACGACAGUCUCUUGAAUUUGGUGUCGUCGAUUCGUGUCGCGAUGUGUGUAGCUUGAAAUUAUUCGCGACAAAUUUAUAUAAUCGCUUAGGACGGUACGAAAAACGUGUACCGUGACUGAUGGGAAAGAACUUUACGCGAAACUUCAAUUAUAUUCAAUGUUGGAUGUUCGACAAUUAAUCGGAAGUCGGUGAAAGUGUUCGGGCUGGUAGGAAGAACGUCGUGUUGUGAGCUGUGCUGCUGAGUUCGAUUAGACGGCAAAAUUUCCACAAUUUUUGCUUACCAUGCAACCAUUCGCAACGGGCAGCACAAUGGCGACCGAGACACCGACGAGCCUGCCGCCCGAGAGGGUGACCUCCCCGACGCCCAGCCGUAAUCUCACAUUCUCUAUCGCGAAGAUCAUGGAGCCGGACAAGCGACUGACCGAGCAGAACGCUAAUCAGGUUCCACCCCCACCGUCAACGGUACCAGCAACGACAACGACGACGAUUUUACAACAACCACCGAGCAUCUCUUCUCCCUCAUAUUCGGCGCAUCUGAAAUCGGCGUUCGAAAAGUACGUACCGACUCUAAGGCAUCAGGAUCUGCUGCAGCAUUACCCCGUAUUGUCCAAGUACUAUCCGCUGUACUAUCCUAGUCCCUUAUUAAGGGCCUUUCCGGGUCCACCCGCUUCAACACCAUCGGUCACGCAGAGCUCGCCACCCCCAACGACCAUUCAGGAAGCCUCCUCGAGGCUCAGUCUCGCCAGCAUGUCGCCGGAGAAUCAGCGCGGCAAGAAGAGUCCGACACCGCGCAGCGAGCUCGGGACCGUUAAGCAAAAGACUUUCACCUGCCCGGAAUGCGGCAAGGUUUUCAACGCGCACUACAAUCUUACGCGACACAUGCCGGUGCAUACGGGCGCCCGGCCGUUCGUCUGCAAAAUCUGCGGCAAAGGUUUUCGGCAAGCGAGCACUCUCUGCCGGCAUAAGAUCAUCCACACCGCCGAGAAGCCGCACAAAUGCGUGACCUGCGGAAAGGCUUUCAAUCGUAGCUCGACCCUGAACACCCACACGCGAAUACACGCCAAUUUUAAGCCGUUUGUCUGCGAGUUUUGCGGCAAGGGCUUUCAUCAGAAGGGCAACUACAAGAAUCACAAGUUAACGCAUAGCGGCGAGAAGGCGUACAAAUGCAACAUCUGUAACAAGGCAUUCCACCAGAUCUACAAUCUUACUUUCCAUAUGCACACGCACAACGACAAGAAACCGUUCUCCUGCAAGAUAUGCGGCAAGGGCUUCUGCAGGAACUUCGACCUGAAGAAGCACAUGAGGAAGCUGCACGACGCGGGCUCGCCGGUGCUCAGCGGAUUGGACGCCUCGGGUCAGAGUCAUAACCAGCAGUCGGGCUACUCGUCAGUAUACCACGGUCCGGAACACUCCAUUGUCAAUCCGUUUAUACUUCCCCCGCCUGGAUCUACCAGUUACCAUUCUCUCAGUAAGAUGUUGUGACAGAGCGAAAACAUGCAUUAUCCUAGAAAAACACAGUAUCCGCUCAUUCUCGGCUCGCCUUGCUACUCGGCUGACAUGGGCCAAUUAGCGCAAACCUCCAAAUGAAGAGCACACGAAACGCCAAAGAAUCCGCGUCCGAUACCUUUUACUUGGACAAAAUAUAUCCCGCUUUUGUCACGACGAUCGGAAAAUACAUUCACGACAUAUUACAUAGCUGAAAAUAUAUGCAACAUUGAAAACGUGAUUGAGAACCGAUAAGAUCUCUUGUAAGUGCAACAAAAGUUUUAAUAUAACAAGAAAUAAUAUUGACAAUUUGUUCGCUAAAAUUUGACAGUUGGUUGUUCAUCUGCAUUUACAAAAUUGAGAUUAAAGUUCAAUUGAAAGCAAAAUAAUGAAUUGAAGUAAUGACUUAAAUGAAAUUAUCACUCGAUUUUCUUACUUUUAUAUCUCGAGAUAACGGUAUCUAUAGUUAUCUAUUUUUAUAACAUAACCGAUACGUUAAUUAAAUUUGAUCAAAUUUAUUCUUUUAUAUUUAUAUAUAAAAAUAUUGUACCACAAAAUUGAUUUUUUCACAUUUUUAUAAUAUCUUAUCGUUAGAAAUUUUUGACUCAAUUUACGUUACAUUUUAUUAACCUUCAUAGGAUACACUGUAAAUAGAGAUAUAAUUGUCAGACUUCCGAUUGGAUUGCACGCGUUGUAACAGUCUAUGGAUAAAACUUCAAUAUGUGAUUUUACGGGAUAUUUAUCAGAUGGCGUAUUGGAUAUUGCAAAUAAUUCGUAGCGUGAAUGAAAUCAACCAUAUUAUUUCAUAAACCAACAAAAUGCAGUUGCCCUAUUAGUCCCUUCGUCAAUUGGAGAGGGUUUUAAUGAUCGAUUUUGGGCAUCGAUGACUGCAUCAAUGGACUCCUGCGGGCUUAUCAUACUUGUAUGUAAAUAUUUGUAAAUAUAUAUAUGUGCAAAGCAAAUACGUUAACGCGUAAACGAUGGACGAGAGAUAUUAGUAAAGUGAUUUGUAAUUAGGGCUGUCUCAACACAGAGACUGACAGAGAGAGUAAGAUGAAAUCGUCCAAAAGACUUAUCAAAAAUUCGUCCAGAUCUCACGCAGUGUUUACCCUCGAGUUCCAUUACGUGUUAAUUGCUCUGUUGUGUAACAGAAAUAAAAAUUUAGAAUAAAUAUGCGUUUGUCCGACGAGGAUUUUGAAAAUAUUAUAUUUGUAUUUGUUGCAAAAAUUAAAUCAAUAUUCUUUUAUAUAUCUAUUUAUUUUUAAUAUAAUACUUUAAAUGUGUUUUGAAACUAAUAUUCUUAUGUUUUUUCUAUAAUUGUAAACUUUUGUAACAGAAAUUGAUAUAAUAUGAAAUGAUCCAAUCUUCUCAGAAAUGCUGACGACAGUAACUUAAAUAAAUCAACAAAUUCAUAUUUUAAAAUCUCCGAGACAAACUGCGUAUUUUUUCGUCAUUAUUAUUUUUAACAAGAAAUUGUAUAUUAAAAAGAUUUUUAUUUUAUUGAGACAAGAUCGAUGUAUAAUCGAACACGAAGGUUAAAGAAGAUUCUUUUAUAUCGCGAAAUAGAUAAAAGAAUCUACAAUUAUGUGGACAUACGGAGCGAUUUUACACAUUGAUCGCAUAUCUAUCUACUUUUAGGCAAAUGUAUAAAUCGGUGUGAUAGUAGCUUUAAGCGAAUUAUAGAUAGAAAAUAAAAUAUUGGUCACUAUUAUUAUUAUUGUAAUUAUUAGAGCUAAAUCAUGAUCAUUGUGGCUAAUAUGACUACGAUCAUUAAGAGCUUUGCAAUAGAAUCAAGAAUGUUUAUAAAAAGAUUAUUAUUAUUAUAACUCGUAUAUCCAUCUAUGCAUUUUUAUUUACGUUCCGUAAUUGAAAAAAGGCAAACUAAACGCUAUUUUUGUUUAUGAAGUAAAAUAAGUUCUGAAACACCGCGUAAUGAAACGAAAUUGAUUAUACAACAAGGAUAACUAUUGUGUGUGUUGAAAAUUUGUUUUAACGAAGCGGGCCGUAACGGACUUUUGUCUGUACAUGUAUUGUGCGAGCUAGAUAAGCGGCAGGUAAUCGCGGUGAAUUAAUCAAGCGUAAUUAAAAAUGAAAAGUUAUAUAUGUAGAUAAUCGGUAGAGUAGAUGAAAAUGCAUAUGUAUGUGUCCCUGUUGUAAAUAUGAAUCAAUCCGAUGCAAUAAAUUCAUCGAUACCAGUG